GCCCCAGCGCCACAGCGAUCCAAAUCGAAUUCCGUUUCUUCAAGUUACAGUGUUUCUUAUUUUGCUGCUAACAUUGCAGCGAACCUCCUUCCUAUCGAAAAUGGACCUUACAGACGCUCCGAACCGGCGAACUCCGCUGCUGAGCGACACCGUGGACGGCGCCGUCGACUUCAAAGGUCAGCCAGUCCUCCGAUCCUCCUCCGGUGGCUGGAGGUCCGCCUCUUUCAUCAUAGGAGUGGAGGUCGCCGAGAGAUUUGCUUACUAUGGAAUCGGCUCCAACCUCAUUACUUACUUGACUGGCCCGCUCGGUCUGUCUGUGGCCACGGCGGCCGAGAGCCUUAACGUCUGGUCCGGCACCUCCAUGCUCCUCACUCUGCUCGGAGCCUUCGUCGCCGAUUCCUUCUUCGGCCCAUAUCGUACCAUUCUUCUCUCUUCUGCAAUCUACGUCUUGGGACUAGGCCUGCUCUCCUUCUCUGCCCUGCUUCCCACAACAAACUCCUCCGUCUCCCACAACAAGCUUCAGAUUAUCUUGUUCUUCGUCUCUCUGUAUCUAAUAGGAAUAGGGCAAGGUGGGCACAAGCCUUGCGUACAGGCUUUUGGAGCGGAUCAGUUCGAUGGCCGACACCCGGAAGAGGUCAAAUCCAAAAGCUCCUUCUUCAAUUGGUGGUUUUUUGGUCUGUGCGCUGGUACCUUUGUAGCCAUGUUGGUGGUAACUUAUACAGAGGAAAAUGUUAGUUGGAGUCUGGGAUUUGGAAUUCCUUGUCUUGCAAUGGUGAUUGCAUUGGUUGUCUUUCUAUUUGGGACAAAUACAUAUCGUUAUAGCGUCAAAGAGUAUGGUAAGAGCCCAUUUGUGAGAAUUGGUCGGGUAUUUGUGUCUGCAAUUAGAAAUUGGAGAGCUUCUCCAACAGUAUUCUUUGAUGAGGAAGACGGUGGAAGAGUCUUGUCACACCAGAAUGCUGGACAGUUCAGAUUUCUCAACAAAGCUUGCGCUGUCCCUAAUCAUUCCAGCCAAUGUGGAAUGGCGUGCAGCAUAAGCGAAGUUGAAGAAGCAAAGGCAGUUCUUAGGAUUCUUCCAAUAUGGAUUACGAUCCUUGUGUUUGCCAUUGUGUUUGCACAAGAUACCACCUUCUUCACCAAGCAAGGAGCUACAAUGAAUAGAUCAAUCUUUUCAGGCUUUAUCAUUCCUGCUGCUGCACUCGAAUCGUUGGUUCCUCUUUCGAUUGUCAUCUUCAUCUCAGUUUAUGAUCUCGUAUUUGUUCCCGUAGCAAGAGCUUUUACGGGAAUACAGUCCGGCAUCACACCGCUACAGCGAAUCGGAACUGGAUUGGUCAUAUCCGCCAUUUCAAUGGUGGUGGCAACUAUGGUAGAGAGAAAAAGAUUAAGGAGUGCAGAAGAACAUGGUGUAGUCGACAGUCCUGACAUAACAAUUCCAAUGAGCUUCUGGUGGCUGGUUCCUCAAUACAGCUUGUACGGUUUGGCAGACGUUUUUACGGUGGUCGGCCUUCAAGAGUUCUUCUAUAAUCAAUGUCCUGCAGAUUUGAAAAGUAUGGGGCUUGCCCUUUAUACUAGCGUCCUUGGCAUGGGAAGCAUUUUAAGCAGUGUGCUGGUUUCUGUUAUUGAUGAAGCAAGUGGGGGCAAUGGACACAAUAGUUGGUUCUCAGACAAUCUGAACAAGGCGCAUCUUGAUUACUUUUAUUUGCUGUUGUCUGGGCUGAGUGUUGUGGCGUUCGUUGCCUUCCUAUUUGUUUCCAAAUCGCAUGUUUAUAGCAGCUGAACAAGUAUCACUAUUCACUGCCACAUAAAUCUUACAUUGUAGCAUUUGUACCAAACAGCCAUAAAAUUUAUUUCUCCUCUCUUGUCUCAA